AUGUGCCCAUCUGAGAUGGGGCCGCUGUGGUACCUCUGGUCUCCCGUGCUCAUCAGCCUAGCUGCCCUUUUCUCCAAAGUGACGGAAGGCCGAGGGAUCCUGGAGAGCAUCCAGAGGUUCUCACUGCUGCCUACCUACCUCCCGGUCACCUACCACAUCAACAAUGCCGAUGUCUCCUUCUUCCUGAAGGAGGCCAACCAGGACAUCAUGCGCAACUCCAGCCUGCAGUCGCGGGUCGAGUCCUUCCUGAUCUACAAAUCCAGGCGACUGCCAGUGCUCAACGCCAGCUACGGGCCCUUCUCACUCGAGCAGGUAGUGCCCCAGGAUUUGAUGCUGCCCUCCAAUCCAUUCGGAUUCACCAACGCGUUCUCCCUCAACUGGAGGCUGAAGGCCUACAUCCUGCAGGAGAAAGUCUACCUGAGCCAUCCCAAAGUCCAGGUGCUUUUCCACAUCGUGGGCCGAGAUUGGGAUGACCACAGGGACGAGAAUUUGCCCUGCCUGCGGGUCUUUGCUUUCCGAGAGACCCAAGAGGUUCGAGGCAGCUGCCAGCUGGAUGGGGCCCUGGGGCUGUGCGUGGCCCAGCUGGAGAUGCUGCCUGGCUGGUUCAGUCCACCGUCGGUGGUGUCUGGGCGCAGGAGGCCCACGGAGCAGCCGGAGGGAAGUCCCGUGGAACUGUAUUACGCUGUACAGCCCGGGGAUGAGCGAGGCGAUUGUGCCAAGGAGGACUCAAGGAAGAGUGGUAGUGCUCCAGCAGGCCACAACGAUGUUGAUGAAUCUAGUCCCCCUUUACAUAGAAUCGGGAGUGUCUUCCUUCGGGAGACCCCCAGCAGUCCACCUUUGAAGGAGCUGCGUUUGGAUAGCAACGUGGCGGUUCAUUAUGUCCCUAAGACUGUGCGACAAGGGGAUGUACUCACCUUCCCUAUCUCUGUCUCCAGGAACUGCACGGAGGAUCGCUUCACACUGAGGGCCAAGGUUAAGAAAGGAGUGAGCAUUGUUGGGGUGAGAGCUAGCAGCUCUUCUCUCUGGGAUGUCAAGCAGAGCGCCGAGUACACUGGGAAGUAUGCACCAGCUGUCAUUGCUUGUCAGAAGAAAUCUGCCGGCUCCGAAAAGAGCGUGGAUGGUGCCUCCUAUGAAGUCAUGAAGAUUGACAUCGAGAUCGAAGCACCCAGUGACCCACCCACCACACAGCUAGUCACGUGGCAGGUUGAAUACCCAGGAGAGAUCACGUCUGACCUGGGGGUGUCCAAGAUCUAUGUGAGCCAGAAGGACUUGAUUGGAGUCAUACCACUAGCCAUGGAGGCAGAGAUUCUGAACACAGCCAUCCUCACCGGAAAGACAGUGGCUGUCCCUGUGAAGGUGAUCUCUGUACAGGAAGAUGGCACAGUACAAGGUCUGUCGGACUCUGUGGAGUGCAGGUCAUCAGACGAAGAUGUGGUUAAGGUCUCUGACAGAUGUGACUAUGUCUUUGUCAAUGGGAAGGAAAUGAAGGGCAAGGUGAACGUGGUAGUCAACUUCACCUACCAGCACCUGAGCAGCCCCCUGGAGAUGACAGUAUGGGUACCACGGCUACCCCUGCAGAUUGAGGUCUCAGACAUGGAGCUAAACCAGAUCAAGGGCUGGCGGGUCCCCGUCGUCUCCAACAAAAGGCCAGCUCGGGACAGUGAGGAGGAGGAGGAUGACGAGAAGAAGGGCCGAGGCUGCACCCUCCAGUACCAGCACGCCAUGGUGCGAGUCUUGACCCAAUUUGUGGCUGAGGCGCCCGAUCCCGGGGGACACCUGGCCUACCUGCUGGGCUCUGACUGGCAGGUGGACAUCACAGAGCUGAUCACUGACUUCAUGCAGGUGGAAGAGCCAAGGAUUGCUAAGCUGCAAGGAGGGCAGAUCCUGACUGGCCAGGAGCUGGGCAUGACCACGAUUCAGAUCCUGUCCCCUCUGUCGGAUGCCAUCCUUGCGGAGAAGACCAUCACUGUACUGGAUGAGAAGGUGACCAUCACAGACCUCGGGGUCCAGCUGGUGACGGGGCUCUCACUAUCCCUGCAGCUCAGCCCUGGGAGCAACAGAGCCAUUUUUGCCACUGCAGUGGCUCAGGAACUUCUGCAGAGGCCCAAACAGGAAGCGGCCAUCAGCUGCUGGGUACAGUUCAGCGAUGGUUCUGUCACACCCUUGGACAUUUAUGAUGAGAAGGACUUCUCCCUGAUGGCUACAUCCUUGGAUGAGAAGGUUGUCUCCAUCCUCCAGGACCCCAAAUUCAAGUGGCCUAUCAUCGCUGCAGAAAACGAAGGGCAGGGGGCCCUGGUGAAGGUAGAACUGCUCAUCAGUGAAUCGUGCCAGAAGUCUAAGAGGAAGAGCGUGCUGGCUGUGGGAACAGCCAGCAUCAAGGUUAAAUUUGGACAGAAUGAUGCGAACCCCAACAGCAGUGAGAGCGGACAUCUUGGGGCCGGGCUUCAUGUGGAGAAUAUCAAUGACAGGAGGUCCAAAAAGCCUUUUCAGGAAUGGGGGAGCCCUGAGGGGCCAUACUACAGUAGCUCCUCUAUGGGGCUCAUGGAGGGAUGGGGCAGUACAACCAAGAGGCCAACUUUCCAGAAGAAUGAAGGCCAGGAAAACCUGUUAGAUGACAUCAUCCUCUCACAGACCAUGGCCACAGACCUCACCAGCUUCCCAGACCAGAUGGACCUCCCCGGGAGCAAUGUGGGCGCUGAGGAUCAUGACCUUGAUCAAGCCGCCAAGGGGCUGAGUGACCUUGAAAUUGGCAUGUAUGCUCUGCUGGGUGUCUUCUGCCUGGCUAUCUUGGUGUUCUUAAUCAACUGUGUGACCUUUGCCCUGAAGUACAGGCACAAACAGGUUCCCUUUGAGGAACAGGAAGGUCUGAGUCACUCUCACGACUGGGUUGGCCUGAGCAACCGGACAGAGCUGUUGGGGAACCACAUGAACUUCGCCUCCUCCCCAGAGGAGCAAAUCACUGCCCUUGACAGGGGCCUGGACUUUGAGGAGAGCAAACUCCUUCUCAGCUCAAACUCUCAGAGCAGCAUCAAUGGACAGCUGUUCAGGUCCACGGGAGCCAUGCUCACAGACGACAAAGAACAGAAAAGCGAACCCCCUACAUCCCCUACCUCCAAAAGGAAAAGAGUGACAUUUUCCACAUUCUCAGCCAUCUCCUCAGAUGAUGGGUGUCCUUCUGGGAACACCAUGGUGUUGAGUAAUGAGGAUGACAUUAAGUGGGUCUGCCAGGCCCUGGACCCGGGCGAGUGCGCAGAACCUCACAGUUGCAUGGAGAGGUUACAUGAGCACGUAUAA